AAAAAACGGAAAAACCCCAACAACUCGCUCCCAUUUUCUUCUUGGAACCCCGGCGUCCGAAACCUCCAAACCCCCACAGAGAACACGGAGGUAAAUGGAGGCCUUCUUCGCUGCGAUGAAGUAUUUAACAAUCGCGAACAGCCCAAGAUAUAUGUAACAAUAUAAAAUCUCAUGCCAAGCAAAGAGAAGAAGGGAGAGAGGAGAAAACAUGGGAAAGGGAACUGAUCUAUGGGAUGAUUCUGCCCUUAUUAAUGCCUUUGAUCAUGCCAUGGCCACCUACAAGGCAAUGCAUGGUAAGGAGUGCCAAGGCACUUUUCUGAAGGAAGGAAAACAAACAAUUGAAAGUAAUAGAGAUGAACCUGUUCCUGCCGAAAAGACAGCAGAACAGAUAGAGCCGGAUGAUGAUAUCAAUAACAUAAACAAUGGUGCAGCAGAGGUUCAUGUAUCCUGCUGUUGCAAUGAAGUAACUGCUGAAGAUCUUCCAGAUCAAAAAGAUAAUCUGGGCAUGGAUUUCUGUGCCACAGAAUCUUACCCAUGUUCGUCAGGCGCCCUCUAUACUGAUGGAAAGAUUGAUGGUUAUUCUGAUCAGCAAAGCACUGAGUUUAAUGAACUGUUAAGACAGUAUUAUGAACUUGAGGAGAAGAAGCAGAAGAUUGUCGAGCAACUUCGGGAUAAAAAUUAUUUGAAUUACCAAACGACAGUUCAAUCUUUCACAUCUCAGAUGCAUGAUGUUCCUGCAUCUAAUGCAUGUAAUGCCUCUGAAUAUGGUCAACAGCAUCCAUGCUCCCUGUGCUCAUGUCAUUAUGUAGCUGUUCCAAUAUCUGCUUGUGUGGUUGGUGGUUUGUCAUCUGGAGGCUAUGGUUGUUGCCCACCAUGGAUUGCAGGCUGUUCUGUAUCUCAGGCAAAUCUAUUUCCUGGUGCUCAUGCCUCUGGUGCUGGGUGUCCUGCUCAAAGUGGAACUUGUUCUAUUGGCGCAUCAUACUCAAUGGAUGCUGCAAAACAAUCUACUCAUGCAGAUGAUGAAGUUGUAAAAGCAGGAAUGAUAGCUGCUGAAAGAGCAAUAAAUUCAACGAAGACAGAACUAUCUGCAGCUUCUAGUGUCUGUGAAGGAAAGGAAAUGGGAAAGGAUAAAUCCGAGAACUCAGGUAUACAAGAGUGCAAAGGGUCAGAAAGCGUCGGCCCGGAGACUGAUCUCGCCGUUGUUCUGAAUGCAUGGUAUUCUGCAGGCUUCCAUACUGGCAGGUACCUGUUGGAGCAGUCUCGGAGAAAUUCUCACCAGUAACACUGCUAUUGCUGAUUAUAGCAUCAUGGUUGGGCCAACCCUGCAAUUGUAUCAAACUUGGAAGUAAUGCUGGCGCAGGUUCUUGUCAGCGUGUUUGCUGCUUUUAAGAUAAUGUACCUCAAAACUUUUUCUUUUGAGGUCCAAUUGUACCUCAAAACUUAAGAUCCGAGAUAAGCUCUGCAUGUGUUUCUUCUGUUCUGGGACUUUUAUCACCAAUAGCUCGAGACAGGAUUAUUGAAUAACGUGUAGUUUUUGAACGGAACAAUUUUUCUUUGGAGCAUGAUGAUGUUCGUUUUAAACUUGGUGCAUUUGAUGCAUUGUCUGGCAGUUCUAGUCGCUGUAGUUGACAGAAGAAA